GGGAGGAAAUAAAGGGUGGGAGACGAGCCACCGCUACAACGAAUCGUAUAAAGAAGAUCAAGUCUCACUGCGUUCAUCACUCUUUACACAACCGUAUCACAUCAUCUUCAAGCGCUUCAAGUGUCAAAAAUAAAUAUUGAUCAAUUCGUCGUGAUUACGUUUGGUGUUAAACCUUACAAUUGAACUGUGCAAAAUUUAUCGCAGAUAUUUGUUUCUCUGUGUUAUUAGAAUUUUGUUUUUCUGGUGAGAAAACUAAGGCUCAAAAAAACCUUAAUACUGAAAUCAAAGAGAACAAGUCUCGUUCGAAAUCACGCGGUGUUGCUGAGUGAAUUUACAAACGUCGUAAACCAUCAGACCGCUGUGAAAUUUAUAAUAUCCUCAAAACAACUGCCAGAAGCGCGAUGCUAAACGUGAGGAAAUUGCCGGACGCUGGUGUUCAGAACGGCGGUGGAGGAGCCAGAAUACUGAGCAUCACGUCAGUCGAAGUACCGGGAGAAACGGCGAGCACGCGAGUGGUCGAAAAAUUCGACAAGCAGACCAAAAAGAUGGCGAAACUCCCGAGCAGCAGCGAGGCGGUGGAUUCUCAGUGCGUGAAACUGGGUCUAACGGAAGGAGCGACAGGCCCAACGGAAAGCGGAAGUAGCGGCGAAUCUCUGGAGGCCGGUAAAGAGCUGAGGAUAAUUUCCCUCGACGAGAUCGCCUGGCACGAUACGCCCGACGAUUGCUGGUUUGCGAUUUACGAUUACGUGUACGACUGCACCAGCUUCAUCAGGGAUCAUCCCGGUGGCGACGACGUCCUUCUUGAGUACGCAGGUCGCGAUGCGACUCUCGCUUUCAUCGGCACGGGCCAUUCAAAAUUCGCGCGAAAAAGCCUCGAGCGAUAUCUUAUCGGUGAACUUCCGCACUCUGAGAGGAUAUUCCGAAUCGCCGAUGGCGUCAAGGUCUUCGGAUACUGAUCGAAAGCCCGGAGAAAUGAAGAAAGGUGCGAAUGGGUGGAGAGAGUUUUCGCAUCUCACCGUUGCCACUUGAGAAUUGAAACCACUGAAAAUUUGAGCGGUUGACAAUCGCGACCCACGCUUGUUACUUGAGUUACUUUUGGGGCGAAAAUGACUCGUUCAAGGACUCUCAGAUUUGAGGACAGCGAUUUUUUACUUAAAUCAUGUUUAGUUCCCUCUUACGGACGUUUGAGACUUUUUUUUAAAUAUUUUUUCAGUUUUAAAAAGAUUUUUUCUCCUCCUCCGAUUUUUUAUUCACGAAGGAAACAUGCCCCGAAUAAUGAAAUGAUUUUUUCUUUCGAGUGAGUUAACCAAUCGUCAAUAUUUGUUUACAUUAAUACCGCUUCGAGCGGAAUUUGAUUUAAUCGAUAAGUCAAUCGAUUCGGUCGACCUCGAAGGUUUAAACCAGUGAGAAAUUAAAAAUUCAUCACAGAAUAUUUAUUAUACUAGCUUUGAGAGGCAAUUUUGGAGCUUCUGUACCGUGGUGUGAGUAUACAUGGUGUGCCGAGAACUUCUACGACACGCCCCUUUUUUAGAGAUUAAAGCCUUUAAGUGAGAUGUGUACCAACUGU